UCAAGGUCGGGAACUCCCACUUUGCAGGCACCACUCAGCAAUAGGAGCAAACACUUGAAAGAUCCCAUAUCUCAUCCCUUAGGGGCAUAUCAGUAGGCUACAUAGAGAGAUGCUAUAGCCAAAGCAGGAUCAGUCUUUGAAUUACCGCGAUGCUGACUUGUGCAGGCUCUGCAUUAUUGAGCUGAGCUGCUGCAUUGAUGCUGAAGGAGUAGAUCUCCCCUUGCAGCAGAGGCAGCUGCAGCUACAGAACCAUCUCUGUGGCUUAAAGCCUUUUAUCAGAGCAGCAGCAGCAGCUUGUACAUCGGCACCCAUCCCCUCUCCCUUUCCUGGCAAUAUCUCCUGCUUUCAUUCAGCUCCUGCUCAUUUUACUGGGAGGGCACAAUGCCCCUGCAGUCCUACACCAGAGACAAGGACAUGUCGCCCCUCCUGCGCUGGGAUGAGGUGCCAGAUGAUUUUGUGGAAUGCUUCAUUUUAUCCGGCUACAGGAGACUGCACCUCACUGCCCAGGAGUGCCUAGCUUCCAUAUUCCAGCCCACCAACGAGACCCUUAAUUUCUGGACACAUUUCAUCCCCCUGGUUUUGUUUGUCAGCAAGUUUUACCAUGUCUUCUUCUUGGCUACGGAGCUGCCCUUCAACCACCCAGCCCUGCUCCCUCUUUGGUGCUAUGCCUCAGGAGUGCUACUGACAUUUGCCAUGAGUUGUACAGCCCAUGUGUUCAGCUGUCGCUCCUUGCGCCUGCGUGCAGCCUUCUUCUUUCUGGACUAUGCUUCUAUCAGCUACUAUGGCUUUGCCAGCACAGUGGCAUACUCCUACUAUCUGCUUCCCAGACUGAGCCUGCUGGACCCAACUGUGAUGACACCUUACCUGCAAAGCUUGGGCUGGCACCAAGUGGAUUAUAGCAUGCUCAUGGGGCUGUAUGGAAAACUAGUGCUGCCUGUGGCUUUUAUCCUAGCUGUAACCUGUACGGUGGCAUGCUGCAAGAGCAGAGCAGAAGAUUGUUCUUACCCAUUUGCUAUCCGCACUUUUGUGUUUGCAAUGCCCCUCAGCAUGGCUUGUCCAGUCAUGAUUGAGAGCCUUCUGUUUGACCUUAGCAAGAGAAACCCUACCCUGUUUGUUCAUUUUUAUAGGAGGUAUUUCUGGUUGCUGGUGGCAGCUUUCUUCAAUGUCAGUAAGAUCCCAGAAAGGAUCCAUCCGGGACUCUUUGACAUUAUAGGGCACAGCCACCAGCUCUUUCAUAUAUUCACUUUCCUUAGUAUCUAUGAUCAAAUGCACUAUGUGGAGCAGGGACUAGAAUUGUUCCUCAAAUCUCCCUCCAACCCCCCUACCUUCCAGGGAACCAUAGGUUACAUGCUGCUUUUAACUCUGUGUCUGGUUUUUGUAGUGAGGACCUAUUUAAAAGGACUUAGUAACACCAAACGGGACUAACAUUAGCAAGACACGAUAGCUGUGGUAUUUAAGAGGGCACAUCCACAGAAAAAGCAUGCUGAUGAUAUUGACUUCCCUAGCAGAAGAGCAUGCUGUUUAGGGAACUUGUGUUUUGGUGCAAAAUUACAUGAAAAAAGGCAAUGAUUGGCUCUUUAGCUGCUAUUUUGUUGAAUACAAUCUGGCUUGCUGCCACGGGGGAAUAGAGUAAAUCCAGCACGGAAAGAGUCUGCACAUGUAAUUGCUUUUCAGGAGACAGCUUCUUGGUGGUGUGCACAGUGUAAAGCCAGUACUUGGUGGUGUGCACAGUGUAAAGCCAGAACUAUACCUCAAGGCAGCUCAAGAGCCUGUUUCAUUUGCACAUUUAGCCCACAGAUCCCAUGUUCCAAUGCUGUUUCAGAUUUUGCUGCACCAAAGAUAAAAGUGAUCUUCUACCACUGAACUUUUAAAGAUGUGAAUUCCCUGUGUCCCACAAAUAGUUAGACUUUAGAGCCCAAUACACAAAAUUUAAAAAAAAAAACCCACCAUCAGCGUUGCUUAGAGGGCAUUACCCAAACCAUUUCAGACAUAGCUUUAAUAUUGAGUUCUAUCACUUACCCCAGUGGGUAUUUUGCAAAAUCCUAAAUUUGUUGUGCUGGAGUACAACACUGAGUCAAAGGAGGAGGAAGAAGAUCUAGAUUCCCAUUCACUAUGCAUAGAGAUGCCACAGCCAAUAUCUUUGACUUGAACUCAAAAACUAGCUGCUAAAAUGUGGCAAAAAUAUGCAUUUGUCAUAGGACUAACUUGGCUGAACAAUGAAACUGGUACCAAAAUAAUUUUAUGUAGAUGAGCGGAUGCAUCUUUGAAUUGCAUUGUGCAAUAAAUAAAGGGCAUUAAUAGUUAUAUUAAAUUUAGACAUUCAAAUGUAUGAAAGACUUGUACGGACUAGUAAUUUGGUAUUAUGUGUUAUGGUGCUUGUUGUAUAUAUUAUGUUUUGGGAUAUCUGCACUAGGACAAGUCUGGAAAUGUGUAGCAAGCAUUACCUGACAGCUAAUGUUCUCUAUACUGUGCAAUAUGUAUAUCCUGUACAAAGACUCAGCAUUGUCUGGAAAUGAAGCCUACCAUUAUGUCUGGCCUUUUGUUUUAUUCAUAAAUAGAUGCAGACCUACUGUGGAGAAAAGUUAACAAAAUUCUGUAUAAACUGCAUGGCAUUCCUGUAGCACUUAACACUUCUGCUGCCAAAGGAAUGAGCACAACAUUCCACUUCCCUGCUUUUUAUUUGACAGCAAUAAUCUUAGUUGUAAUUAUUUGAACUACUGAGUUUCUGCCUGUACUCUGUUUCCGUAAAAGGGGGGGGGGGGGUUAAAAAAAAUGUAUUUAUAUUUUAUUUAAGAAAAAAAAGAAUGCACAGGGAUUUUGUGCAUCUUGCCUUGUAUUGUAUUAACUGAGCUCCUACAAUGUGUUAAUGAACGAGAACCAUUUCAGCAUGUAAGUGUUGGACAGGACACUGUAUGCAAAGGGUGACUGCAUAUGUUAUGUAAUGACAGCUUUUCAAGAUCUCUUUAAAUAAUAAUCAGUUCUUUCAUUUUUAA